AUGUCAUGUACAAGAAAAAAAUCUCAUUCUUCAAUUAGCACACUACUUUUUCAUAAAGACAGAAUAUAUGCCGGUGGAUAUGAGUAUGAUAAUGUGAGACACGGAAAUAUAGAAGUCUAUGAUAAAGAUCUGUGCUUGUUAAUGGCAGCAGAUACACAAGGAACAUUAGAUAUAAAAAUUUUUGACACAUUUAUUUAUGUUUCUACUUCUACUUCCAUAAUAAAAUAUAAUUUAAAUCUGGAAAAGCUUUUUGAAUAUAAAACUGGCUAUAUGAAUACUUUUAUGGUAAUUUACGAGUCUUUUAUUUAUGUAUGUACUGCUAAGGGGACUAUAGAUGUUUACACCUUAUCUCUUAAUUUACUUUAUUCUAUUAAAGUAUCUAAUGAUAUUUUAUGGACAUGUGCUGUACAAAAUAAUACAAUUUAUUGUGGCGGAGAAUGUGGCACACUAUUUUGUAUAAAAAAUAAACAAAUUGUUUAUAGAAUUAAAUUUACACAAGGAAUUACUUGUAUUACUAUUUAUACAGAUUGUUUACUUGUUGGAAGUUAUGAUGAACACAUAUACAAAAUAAAACAAGAUAAUAUUGUAAAUAAAUAUUUUAUAGGAGGAGGUAUUUGGAGAGUAAAACAAUAUAAAGAUCUAUUUUUCAUUUCUUGCAUGUACGAAGGUAUAAAAAUUAUAAAUAAAAAAUUUGAUAAAAUUUUGUAUCAAACUACUAAUAAUACAGUAAGUAUGCCUGAAGAUAUAAGUAAACUAGUAUAUGCUUUAGAUACAAAUGAGAAUAGUGUUAUUUAUGCAACAUUUUACGAGAAAAAAAUUAGUAGGUGGUUGAUAGAUGAUCUUUUAAUCUAA